AGGGAGAGUGAAUCUGCCGGCAGUCUACCGAGAGGACUCUUCUGAAACUCUCGCAGAAGAUCAAAUGCCCGCUCAGUCGAUCGAUCUCGAUCUCGACGGCUUUGAGCUCGACCCUGAGGAUCUUCACCCCUCGAUCCCCCUAAAGCAGGUACCUGCCGGCGACGUCUUUGAGGCUUCAAGGGCCGGUGACGUCGACCGCCUCCGCUGCCUCCUUGAAUCCGGCGUCAACGUGAACGCUCGCGACCGGUGGGAUUCCGUCGCCCUCUACUAUGCCUGCCUUGCGGGCCAUGUCGAGGCUGCCCGGAUGCUCCUGGAGGCCGGAGCGAUCUGCUCCGAGCACACCUUUGAUGGGGAUCGUUGCCACUACGCUGCGCUUAACCUACGCGUUCGUAGACUCCUCAAGGCGUUCGAGGCCCGGCCGCCGCCACUCGCUCCGUUGCCGGCCGCUCUGAGGGAUACGUUUCUCAGCUGUCCGGCAAACCGUCUGGCUUAUCUGGAACGGUGCGAUGAUGUCAAAGACGCCGCUGCGUUGAGGGCUGCAGGUCAGGUUGCGCGCUAUCACUCUCUUAGCAGUUUGCUUAAAGGUCAGAUGUCAUUAAGUGAGGUAUCCUUUCCCCCGGAUAUCACAUUUUAUGUUGAUGGAAGACCUAUUGAAGCGCACCGGGUAAUCUUAAGUGCAAGAUCGCCCUUCUUUAAGAGAAAGUUUGAGUUAGAUUGGAAAGAGAGAAAAGAAGUGAGAUUCUCCAGACAUAAGCUAUCUUAUUCUGCAUUGUACAGUCUUAUCCAUUUCUUCUACUCUGAUAGGCUUGAAGUUGCAGUGGAAGACAUGGAGGAUCUUGCACGCACAUGCAAAGCCUGCAAGUGUGAAGAACUACAUAAAGUCUUGCAAAAGGAAUUGAUUCAUCAAAAAUAUGCUGAGUAUAAAUCAUUAAAGGAAGUGGAUAAUUCCCAGAAAAGGUUUAUUUUGCAAGGCUUGUCUUUACCAGAGGAGGAUAGACUUCCUUUUUCCUUGCGUCAAAUUCUACAAACUUCCUUAGCCAAGUCACUCUGCAAACAUACAGAUGAUGAUGCAUAUGAAUUGCAGAUGGGUCAAUAUGGUGAUGAUCUUGCCGAUGUUUGUAUUAAAGUGGGAAAAAGAAUUUUUCGCUGUCACCAAGUUUUACUGGCAUCUAGGUCAGAGUAUUUUCAGGCUAGAUUGUCUCGUAUGACAGAUUUCCUGGAAAAUGAUGAUAGACUAUCAUCCUCUUCGGUUCCUUUUUUAGAGGAGCAUGAAUUAAGUACAGAGGUUUUUGAGAAGAUGAUAGAAUACAUGUACACUGAUGGCUUGAAGGAUGUAGAUCCUGAUCAGGCAGGGGAAAUAUUUGACGCUGCUUCAAGAUACUUAUUGUUUUCACUUAAGCGGGCUGUUGCUGAUGCGUUGUUAUCUCACUUGGAAAUGGCAUCACCAGCCGAACUAUGCCACUGGGUGAUAUUAUCUGACAUGUAUGGGGUUACGAAGAUUCGGGAGUACUGUUUAGAUAUGAUGGCAUGCAACUUUGAGACAUUUGCCCGGACGCGAGAGUUCAGAGCCAUACUGUUGACCCUUCCUCCUCCUUCUGGAGACUCCUCUCUUCGUACCACCCGACCUAGUGCUCCGGGAUCCAUCGAUUAUUCCGGUCAAGCCAACCUUCUUGAUGAUUUGCGAGAGAAGUGGCUUGAGGCUGAGGGUGCAGAACUUGAUAAGAGAGAUGAGAGUGCAGUCCAAUUUGAUAAGCGUCUUGAGAUGCUCAUGCUCAUGGCAGAGAAUGAGACUGUUGCUGCAGUAGUGCUUCUCUCAGUUGGUUCUUUGUCGCACCGACUUAUGCUGCGCAAGCACCUAUUACGACUUUAUGGUGCCCCUUAGAGGUGUCGCGACACUCGACAACCCAGCGCCAAGGCCUAAUCAAGACGUUG